AUGGCUAGCGCUAGAAUACUGCAACGUGCCGAGACGGCAAUGGAAAUUGCUGGGGAUUUUCUUUUUGCGGACGAAGACGGCGACACCGAUGACGAUGCCGACGAGGGUAGUGAAAAUUGCAGUGAGGAUGCCGAUGCAGAAGGAGAAAAUGAUGCUGACGACGAAACAAAGUCAAACGCGUCGGAAUCCGCCGCAUCAAAAAGCGACCAAAAGGAUGGCGAACGGAAGGAAAACGAUUCUGCCUCAAAUUCUACUACGGAUGGUAAAACGAAGAAAUCCGAAAAGGGUGUGGCGAAAAAACUGAAGAGUCUUAUGGGUGUUGUUACGCGGCCUCUCGGUUCUAAGUUGCAGUGGAGAGUUGACUUCAAUUUUGAGGCAUCAAAUAGGGCCGCGAAAACUAACAAUCGGAAAAGAGAUUCCCAACCCAACACGGUCAAUACUGCUGACCGUAAGAAAACCACUCGGGCUCCAAAAGAUGAAGAGAAACCCAACUCGUCUAUUGAUGCUGGUGAAAUCAAGCGUUUACGAAAGGAAAACAAAGUAUUGGAAAAGCUGGCCGAUAUGUUUCUGGAUGAAUACAUCCAGUUGAAAAGAAAAUUCGGAGAGCUGUCGGAGGUCGAAGGUCAACUGGCGGCUGCCCGGAGCAGCUAUGAUAGCCUGAAGGCAGAACUGAAGGAAUCGCAAAGCAACCGCGAAAGUUUGCUCAACAAAAUGGCCAAACAAUCCGAAGAGCACCGUGUUGAGGUCGCUCGAUUGAAUGAUGAACUUAAGAAAAUUGGGAAAGACCUCUCAAAGAUGGCACAGGAGAAGAAGUCUAUUGAAGAUAAACAUAAAAAGAAUGAAGAUGCGUUAUUAAUAAUGAGGAAAGUUUGA